UUGCAACCUUGGAAUAGAGUUACGUUCUUUCGUCCGGGAAACGACAAAAUCAGCAACGGACGUCUGUCGCGUGACGAUGCGUGACAAACGUCCGGGACAGAAAAAACGUACGCGCGUCAGCGAUUUUGAACCGCAUGUCUGGACCAUACGUGCAAUUUGUCCUCCCCCGAAGAAAGAGAAAAGCUGGCAUAUCUGCAGAGGAUAAGUACAAUUUGAGCGUGCCCGUAUUGAAGACGAACCGACGAAAAUGAGAGAACGCAUAUUCAUCCUGAUCUUCAUCUCUUUAGCAGCACUGUAUUUCCAUCCAUGUUCUACACUCUCAUGGAAGUUACGGCACUGGAAGGGACUGCUCAUGUUCUCCAAGAACAAAUGUGAAGACAGGUGCAAAUUUAAACACGGGUAUUUCAGGGACGAACAUCGCCAGUACCAGCUCGCUUCUAGGGCCUCGCGAAAGAUCAUCCCCGGAAAGUGUCAGUGCAUGGUGUCAAAGGAGCUUAAAGAUUACAUUACCAAACACCACAGCAAGAAGGUGGCCAAGAGAUACGCGCUCCUCAACUUCUUCGGGAGAACGAAGAAAGGCCGGGACGAGCUGCAGAAUCUAGGGAUGGUCUUCAUCACUUACGAACAACUGAAUGACAUCGUGAAGAAGAGGGCUGCCGAGGAGAAACUGCAAGCGGCUCAGAGAGCCGCCGAACAAGAGAAGCUGCUCGCGGCUAAAAAAGCCGCUUUAACCAAAACAGCCAGCGGGGCCAGCGGGACUCCCUCCCAGAAGGACAGUGCAUCCGGCUUCGGGGAUGUUCUGAAUAAUCUGCAGUACGCGGAAGGGGUGGUCUUCAAAUCG